AUGGCAUUGUCCUCUAUCACUACCGAGUUGCCAAAUUCGAAGCAGAUCGUUUUGACCUUUAUAUAUCCCUUGCUCUGCAUUGUGAAGAACAUGCAAGAAAGAUCCUCUGCCAACCCCCGUCUCACCACUCUGCUGGAGGAGAAGCGUGUCGUCUUGAUUUGCUUUUUCCUUGCUUUUGGUCAAUUCCAAUAUGGCUACGACUCCGCAGCGGUGUCGGGAUUCCAGAGCAUGCCUGGGUUUCUCUCCAUAUAUGGCUAUAAGGAUCCAGACAGUACCAUUGGCUACAAUAUCAGCACCGAAGUUCAGCGGCUGAUCCAGAGUCUCAUGAAUCUGGGUGGCUUGGUAGCCACUACUGUCAUCUACUUUGUUGGUGACAGAGCCGGCCGACGGACUGGGCUUUGGGCAGCCUGUCUCUUUGGAAUCGUUGCCAUAUCGAUCCAGAUUGGCUCGACGACCAUGGCAGCUUUGUAUAUUGGACGGCUAUUUCUCGGAUUUUCAAACGGGCUCUUUGUCGCCUACUCCGUCACCUAUAUCAGUGAAGUCGCCCCUUCCCAUUUCCGCGGGUCCAUUGUCGGCUUGGUUGUCUUUCAAACCUCCUUUGGCGCGCUGAUAGGCAUCCUUGUUGACAACUACACAAACGCCUCUAUUUCGCGUGUAUGCUAUCAGAUACCCCUCGCUGUAAUGUAUAUAGUUCCAGCUUGUAUCGGUAUUGUUCUUAUUUGGCUGCCUGAUACUCCUCGGUAUUAUAUUUCGCGUGGACGGGAAGACAGAGCGGCCCUUUCAAUACGAAAAAUUCGUGGUAUUACGGACAACUCCCGCAUCGACGCUGAAAUCCUUGAUAUCAAGAAUGCCUGGAUAACAGAGAAAGAGCUCCAUCGUGGAAUUCAUCUGCGAGAUAUGUUCAGCGGCCCCGAUCUGCGUCGAACGCUGAUCUGUUUGGGUGUAUCUAUUGGCCAAACUGCCACUGGUAUUAUUUUUGUCUCUGGCUAUUCGGUUUACUUUUACGUCCAAGCCCGCAUUGCUCAGCCCUUUACCUGGGUCAUGGUUGGUCUCGCGAUCUCAAUGACAGGCAACCUGGCGGCGUUUCCCGCUAUGCGCUUCCUUCCCCGGCGCGUGCUACUCAUCAGUUGCUCCGCAAUGAGUGCUGUCUUCAUGUUCGCCAACGCCAUUACUUAUACCAAGAGCACAGUCGGCUCUCCCGGUGCUGGCAAAGCCCUGAUCGGACUUAACAUCUUUUACACCUGGUUUUACGGCAUUGGCCAGGGCCCUGUUCUGUGGGCUAUUGCCGGGGAGGUGCCGUCCCAGCGACUGCGUGCACAAACCGUUGCUCUUGCGAACGGCAUCAAUUUCGUCUUCAGUUGGCUGUGUCAGUUCUGUACCCCUUACUUCAUCAAUCCGGAUUCGCUGAACUGGGGCCCUAAGUAUUGCUAUAUCUGGGGUGGCAGCAACGCUGUACUGGCGAUCUGGGUCUUCCUCUUUGUCCCUGAGACGAAGGGGCGGAGCUUGGAGCAGCUGGAUGAAUUGUUGAAAAGGGCGUGUCGACUCGCAAGUUCUCGAGUCAUGUCACGGAACGUCAAGCUGUGGAUGCGGAUAAGACCAUGGCGCAUCAGUUUGCCGGUACGCCAGUAG